AGAAGAAGAGAGAGAGAGAGAAGAGGAGGAAAGAGAAGAAAAAAGCCCCAAAUUUUUCAGAAAUUAAUGGAUAGGAAUUAUUCAGCCUCUGGUUUUGGAGACCCAUUAGGCACUGGACAAGGAUGGAGCUACGAAAGGACAGCAUCAGGAGUCAAAGCCAGCCUGGUGUACGGAGGGUCUCGAGGUUCCCACCCGGACACGGACAUCCUGCAUCGCCAGGCCUACGCCACCGCUCACCCCCUCCAGGGCUACGCCACCAACCACCACCCCGCCGGUCUCUCCGGCCUGUUUGAGACUGGGCUGCACCACACGGGCACCGCCGCCCCCGACGCCUCCGUCAUGAACCUGAUCUCCGCCCUGGAAUCCCGGGCCCCGCAAUCCGGGCCCACCGCCUCCUCUCUCCUCUCCCAAUUCCGGCCUCCGGCCUGGCAGACAGCCAUGCACACGCCCGGACCGGCCGAGUUGUUCAUCUCGGGCGCUAUCCCGGGUUCGGGAACGUUCCCCACGUCCUCGGCCCUGUCGGCCUACCAGCACCCGGCCUCCUUCAGCGGCCGAAGCUUCCCCGUCACCUCCUCGCUGACCCUCCAGGACGCCACCUUCAGCCCCAGCUCCAACGGCCUGCUCUCCCCUCACGACCCCCUGCUGCACAUCAAGUCCUCCCAGGCCAGCGUGCCUUCCUCGCUGACCUUCGACCGGCUCGGCAGUGCCGUGCUGGGCACCGGGCUUCCCUCUCAGACCUCCGCCUACCGCACGGCGCAGGAAUCGGCCUCCCGUCACCUCCAGUCGCAGUUCAACCUGCUCUCCUCCCCGCUCGGACCCAGCGAGCAGGCUUCGCAGCUGUACAACACCUCCGUGUUCUCCACCUCGCCGGCGGCCAGCAUCGAGAGAGCCAUGCCCAGGCAGGACAGCGUGAUCAAGCACUACCAACGUCCCUCCAGCGCCCAGGCCCAACUCCCGGCCUCGCACCACUCCCUGCAGCACUACCUGAGCUGCGGGGCUGGUUUCCAACAGAUGUCGCGUCACUCCAGCCUGGCCUGCAGCCCGCUGGGAGACCAGAGCUCGGUGAGCAGCGAGGGGAGCCAGCAGAAGAGCUCGCAAGCGCGGAGCGAACACUCUCAGAGCUACAGGCCCAUCAUCCAGUCUCCCGGUUAUUCCUCGUCCUCCGGCUCUUCGAAAUCCAAGAGUUAUUCGGCUUCGAGACAGGCGCAGAGGUCCACAGCCACCCCCAAGUGCCAAAGUAUCUCCAGCAGUGGCCAGUCCCACAACUAUUCCUCCUCCACCCCCAAACCUAGCUCGGUUAUCUCCAGCCAAUCCCAGGCCUACUCGCCCAUGAACCAACCCCAGACCUACAGCACCUCGCAGGCCCAGAACCUCUCGUCCGUCACCCAGUCCCAAGGCUUCGCCUCGAGCCAAUCCCAGGACCUGACAGCGUCCGUCAGCAAGUCCCAGAGCUAUCAGACCGGCCAAACCCAGGGCCUGCAGUCGUGUGUCAGCCAAGCCCAGAGUUACUCCCCUGAGCAGCUACAGGGGUUGCCCUCUGUGGGACCUUACAGCGUCCAGUCGGAGCCUCACUCCUCGGUCUCCGAGGUGCAGAGUUACGUGCCGGCACAUUCCCAAGGGAUGCCUCCCGUCAGCUCCUCUCUCAGCUACGCCACCGGUCACUCCCCAGCCUCCAUGUCCAGCCACGGACAGUCCAUCGUCUACUCGGCCUCCGGCCAUAUGUCCGACUCUAGCCCCUCCCAGAUCAUCCGGCCUCUCCAGUCUCCCACCGGCAGCCGUUCCCAGUCCGUGGCCUCUCCCGGACAAUCCCAGAAAUACCUCUCCUCCGUUCUCUCGCCCUCCUUCAUCCAAUCCUCCCACUCCCAGAGUUUCCAGCCUUCCCAGUCCCCACUUGAGAGGACUCCGACUUACGGGAAGUCCAAGCCGGAUUCGGACCUGCUCUCCUCGGAGCGCACUGAUGACGAGGAUUUCCUGAUCCAGCAUCUCCUGGAUUCUCAGAGCCCGCCCCGGGUGUCGGCGCAAAGCCUGGUGGAGUGCGGAGAGGACCGGGCGAGCAAGGGCAUGGUCUACGAGAUGUCCAAGACGGAGGAGAGGUAUCACCUGCAGAGCGUGAUCAGGACCAACUCCAGCUUGGACAACCAGGUGCUCGAGAUGUCCCUGCAAGGCCUGAAGGAGAAGAAGAAAGGAGAGAGACAGAAGGAGUACGGCGGUCACGGCAGGUCAUCCUCGGAGGCCUUGGUCACCUCGGUUGUCCAUUACAGCCACCAGCCCAACAGCAUCGACGGCCUGAGCCAGGACAUCAACAAGGACCACCUCCAAUCCUCCCACAUGGACGCGUCCAACAAGGAGAUCGGGCAGACCCACUCCUUCCUGCAGAAGACCCCCGAGCAGGGGUCCCGAGCCCACCACAUGGUGUCCGAGGCCCAGCAGAUGGAGAGCCAUGGCAUCCUGCAGAGCCAGCAGAACUCCCAGAUCAUGCUGGACUCCUCACCCGAGCUCCAGAUGCCUAUGUCCCAUCAGCCGGCCAGCCAGCAGUCCCAGCUGCUGCAGUCUGUGCUCACUCACACUCAGAGCCAGAUGCAGGCCCAGCAGAGGAAGGUCCAGACGCCUAUGGACGUCCACUUGAUGGAGUCCCAACGCCUGCAGGCGGAAGCUCAGUCGCCCCAGCUCCAGAUGUUGGAGGUCCACCUCCAGAGCCGGCAGAUGCAAGGCCACGGCCGGCCGCAAUCGAUGGACGUCCACCUCAUGGACUCGCGGCAGAUCCAGCCCGACCCGCAGUCCCCCCAACUGCAGGGGGGGGAACUGGAGCGCUCCGAGACCCUGCAGUCUCGGGAGAUGCAGGAAUUCCUGGAGCCGGACAUGCACCUGGAGUCGCAUCUCUCCCAGUCCGGCUCGGUCCAGGUCCAAUCGCAACAGCACCUGCUCCCGGAGUCCGGCGACGGGAUGAGGCUGGAGCGAGCGGAGUCGGGCCAACAGGUCGACCAACAGCAGAUGGACGGUAAGGACCAGUUCAGCUCCGGCAGCCCUCAGAGCAACAAGCAGAGGUACCUGCCCCUCACCUCCAUCUGCUUCCCCGACUCGCUCUUGCAGGACGAGGAGAGGAACUUCUUCCCGGGCAUGGAGGACAUGUUCUGCUCAGCCCCCUGCAGCAACGUGGAGUACAGCAAGCAGGGGUGCGGGGAGGAGGGCGGGCAAGGGAUGGAGCGGGGAGACGGGUUGAAGUCCGGCUACGAGAUGAUUCACUCCAACCAGAGCUUCUCGGGGUUCUGCACCCCAGAGGGUGGGGGCGGGGGAGACCAACAAGGCGUCCACCUCAGCCUAGACUCGGUGUCGAUGAAACCCGAGAUGGUGGAGGCUCAGCAGGUACAGACGGAGCACCUGGAGAUGACCAGUCAACCCAACCACGGGCCCACCAGCGCUGACAUCAAGUCGCCUCUGACCACGGCAAGUUUUUGCUCCUUGAAGACCAAGAAGUUCCUCAAGACGUCCUCGCUGCUGCUCCUCAAGAAGAAGGAGUCUCCCCCGCAGGCGGCGAAGAAGACGUACGCCCAGGAGUAUGAGUUUGAGGACGAGGAGAAGGAAGACGUGCCCGCUGACAUCAGGCUGAACAACCGCAGGCUGCCCGAUCUACUCCCCGACCUCAUCUCCAGCUGCAGGACCAGGAUGGACAUCAGCCCAGUCACGGACAUCGACUUCUGCUCCUCGGGCGCCAACACCAACAAUCUGAACGGAGGCAAGAGCCGGAGCAAGAGGGCCUCCAAGCCCAAGGAGAAAGGCCCCCCCCGGCCCCGGGGCCGACCUCGCAUCCGCCCCUUGGAUGCCCCGCCUCAAGGCGUGGCUCCCGAGGCCCCCAAGAAGAGGGGGAGGGGCAGGGGGAGGGGCAAGAAGGCGGCCGAGGAGGAGAGCGAGGGCUUUGGUUUGGAGAAGCAAGUCAAGCCCAUCAAGGUCAAGCUUCAAGCUGGUCUGAAGGGGAGCGAGCUUCUGGCGGUGGAGACUCAGGAGGUCCUGCCGGCUGAGAGCGGCCUGGACAACAGCCAGACCCAGGAGAAGAUCAAGAAGAAGAUCAAGGAAGUGGAGGAGAAACAGCCGGAGAUGAAGUCCGGAUUCAUGGCUUCCUUCCUGGAUUUCCUCAAGUCGGGAAAGAGACAGCAGCCCCCGGCCACGGCCUCCAGCCCCCAGAAGGGGCGGCCUGGAUCGGUCAUCUCCCAACCGGCCCAGGUCUUCGGGAUGGCUCAGUCCAUGCUAUCGGGCAACCUGGAUGCCAGUGAGAGCGACAGCCUGAUGUCCUGCACCAGCCCCUGCAAGCGCUUCGACGAGGACCUCAAGAAAAACCUGGAGACCCUCCCCUCCUUCUCCUCCGAUGAGGAGGACUCGGUCAGCAAGAACCAGGACCUGCAGAAGAGCAUCUCGUCCGCCAUCUCCGCGCUCUACGACCCCGUGGACCGCAAGAGAACGACAGCACAGGUGAGGGGCCCGGGCUGGAGACACCCUGCAGGGUCCGUCCACACCCCCCAAGUCAGGGUUCACCCCGAGAUCAGCACUUCACCCUCCGAAGCUUCCCAGCCGGAGCAAACCGCGCCGCCGUCCCCGCUCCUGCCCAAGGAACCGAUCCCAGCCCGGGAGCCCUCCCCCGCGCCCCCGUCACCCCCUCCCCCCGAGGAGGAGAAGGAGCCCCCGCCACCCCCUCCUCCGCCUCCGGUCGUCCUGGCCAAGAAGCAGGAGCUGGUGGCGAUCUGCGGGGAGACAGACGAGGACAACGACGAGAGCGGGGGCGAGGGAGCCAUUCGGAAAUGGGACGAGUUUGUGGUCAAAAUCGACGACAUUAAAGAGCUUAAGCUCGCCAUGCAGACUGGUGAGGAGCCUCCGCCAAUAUGGCGGGUGCAGAAAUCCUCGCUGCAGCAGUUUGUUCCCGAAGUCCGAGAGGGAAAGAGGCAAUUUUGCUCCAGCCCCCAGUACAUAGAGUACGGGGAGGAGGUGAAGAACAAGUUCCAACGUCUCUACGUCAAGUUCCUGGAGAACGUGGAGAAGAAGGACUACGUGAGGAUCUGCUGUAAGAAGCCCUGGCACCGGCCGCUGCACUUGGCCAAGAAGCAGGACUCGGUGGCCAUCUGCGGGGAGACGGACGAGGAGGACGGGGAGAGCGGGGGCGAGGGCGUCUUCCGCGAGAGGGACGAGUUCGUCGUGAAGAUCGACGACAUCAAAGCACUUAAACUCGCUGUACAGACAGGACGGGAGCCCCCCCCUGUGUGGCGGGUACAAAAAGCCCUCCUCCAGAAAUUCACCCCCGAGAUCAGAGAUGGACAGCGGCAGUUCUGCGCAACCAGCAAAUACCUCGGCUAUUUCGGCCACGCCAAGAACGAGUACCAGCGUCUCUACGUCAAGUUCCUAGAGAACGUCAACAAGAAGGACUAUGUGAGGGUCUGCUCCAAAAAGCCCUGGCACCGGCCACAGCAAUCCAUGAGGCGGCAGAGCCAAACCAAAGCCACUCCUAACCGGGUGCCAGUCGUGGUGAAGCCUGAGCCCCCGGCCCGGCCCGUGUCCAAGCCCAAACAGCGGCCCGCCAAGGCCAGAGCAGAGCCCCCACCCAAGAAGAGGAAAAAAUGGCUCAAAGAGGUUCCCUCCUCCUCCGACUCGGACUCAACACCCAACCAGCAGAGCGAAGAGGAGCGGAUUCCCACGGGCAGAAUCCUCAACACUCGCGCCAUGAAGGAGAUGUACAAGAGCUACAUUGAGUUGCUGGUCAGCGCGGCCCUGGACCCCGCCAUGAUCGAGACCAUCGAGGCCAACAAUGAUGAGCUUUACCUGCCCACGAUGAGGAAAAUCGACGGCAUCUUAACAGAACACAAGAAGAAAGUGACAAAGAGGGUGUCCCUCAGCUCCGUGCUCCAGGAGGCGUUGCAGACUUCUCCGCAGCUCUGUGUAGAAAACGGGAGCCCGAGCAGCUCUGUGAAGCUAAAAGUCAGUGGGACACCGUACAACAGGAAAACACUCAACCACCUGAGGAAGGCAGUCCCCAAGCCACAGGAUUUCCGAGCGGAGGAGGAGAAAUCGCAGUACUACACGUUGUUCCACUCUCUGCACCACUACAAAUAUCACACUCUGCUGAGGUGCAAAGAGCAGACGGACGCCCUGUCAGCAGCGAACGAGGACCUGGGCCAGGAGGAAAUUGUACAGCAGUGUAUGCGUAACGUGACCUGGCUGGAAAAGCUCUUCGAGUCGUUCAGCGAGCUCCUCACACAGGUUCAGCAACAGUGUGCGUGACCCUAACAUCUGCAAACACAGCCAGGGGCUCUCUCUCUCUCUCUCUCUCUCUCUCUAUUC